AUGGUACCAAAUGAUAGUAUCAGCAACAACAAGAAGGAAACCGCCACGAGUCACGAAGCAAAGCCAAGGCCCAAGUUUCGCAAAUGGAACCUGUUUCAAAUGCCAACGGAUUUACAAACACCAUCGCCAAGCGACGAAAAGUCAGAAAAUUUCAAAAACUCGGGUUUGAUAGCUCCAUACAACCACAGUGGCGCAAGUCCACUUUCAGCAUUGAAGGAUGAAUACAAUACAAGGCGACCUGUGGUUAACACGGCAAUGGAUAUGAAGACGGAUAAUUUAUUUGAUAGUCUAAUGGCCAAAAACUCCUCCACCCCCGAGGUAAAACAGAAGCCUUCAUCCAUUUACCAAAAAAUGCUACAUUUGGCUCAAUCUGGUGUUGAUUCGUUGAAAUCUUUGACUGAAACAGCAGGAGGAGCAGCAGCAAAUUCAUCAACUAAUUCUCCAGCUAGCAAUACCAAUGGCAAUGGCAAUGAUGAAGAUAAUGAUGAUAAUGAUAAUGGUGAUGAUGUGGAUGUCGAUGUGGAUGUGGAGUUGCUGCUGGAUGAUAAUGAGCCUAGCACUAGUACUAUACUAGGUGGUACACCUGUGAAGAAAUCAAAUGAAGACGACACUCAAUACCCGGUUGAUCAACUAGAGGACGGAAUCAAUAACGAGAAACUACCUGAAAUGCAAGACUUGAUCAAAGAAAUCAUGGAUUUCAAGCACGAUCUAGGUGAUAAACUAGAGGCCAAGGAUCCGCAGAAACUAACGAGGACACAACAAAAGUUGAUGGACUAUAAAGAACUACAUGACUUUGAAGCCGAAAAUCCCCGACCGGAGAAUAUGCUGCUGUACAAGUGGAAGAUCCAAAAUGAAACUAUACUUUCGCAGUAUAACAACAUCAGACUAAGAUUCUCUUCGCGGGAGAAACCAAAUUCUAAAAAGAAAAAGAUUGAAAACUUGUCGGGUGUGUUGGGAUUUGUUAAAAGAUACGGCGGCAACGACGACCACCAUAUUGAUGGUAUAAACAGUGGAGGUCCUACAAUUCCUACACUUGCAACCGAAUCCAAAGAGCGGAAAUCAAUGCUUCAACUGAUGUGGGAUGAUGAGUAUUCCAAAAACUUUGUCACUACUCCCCUCACAGACGAUUCAUAG